CAAAGAACUUUUCAAAAUUAAAACGAUAACAGCUACAGCAAUGAUAUUUUCUCUCCCUCUUAAGGCUUUAUUUCAAAUUUGCUAUUUUGAGAAAAACAAAAUUUUAAGGUCUAGAAAUGAUAUGUCUGUCCAGUACACAUAUUUCUGAGAUUAUAAAAGAAUGCUUUUAACUGCAACUGUUCUUCCUUUAUAUGCUUUAUGUACUCCACUGAUCUCAUUGUGGGGAAACAGAAAACAAAAACUAUGGAGCUUGAGUUUAUUGUGUGCUUUUCUAUUGCCAGUUUCCACCUUACAAUACCGAGGUUAUCCUUAUGAUUCGACUGAAAAAGAAGAAACCAGACGACUUUCAAGACCAUUCAUGGUUGGUCUUUUCAACAGAAGACGUUUAUUAUGUUCUGGGACUUUGAUAAAAGACAACUGGGUAUUAACAGCAGCCCACUGUUUUCCGAAUGAAAAUACCUACGUUAUCCUUGGAGCUAUUUCACGAACAAAAAGAGAGCCAGGAAAGCGUGUUGCAAACAUCACUAAAACAUUUUCAUAUCCAGGCUUUAAUCUGCUGACAUAUGAGCAUGACAUUAUGCUUUUGCAGAUUCAAAUAAAAGGAAGGUACCAUCACGAUGGAAAAAUCGUUCCACUUUCCAGAACUACUGAGGACAUCAUGCCAGGAACGUUGUGUCGAGUAAUUGGAUGGGGAACUAUUCAUCAAAAGAUGGGAUCCGACACACUGCAUGAAGUUAAUACCACUGUCCUUGACAGAAGAAUCUGCAACGACCAAAGACACUACCAUCUGGAGCCUGUUGUGACAGCGCAUAUGCUGUGUGCUGGUGACAAGAUAGAAAGGAUGGACAAAUGUUUGGGUGAUUCUGGCAGUCCUUUGAUGUGCAGUGGAAAACAAAGAGGCAUCCUCUCCUAUGUUAAAAAAUGCAAUGAUCGUAGGUACCCUGGAAUCUAUACUCGGCUCACAAAGGACCAUCUCUUCUGGAUUCAGACAGUAAUAGAGUCUCAUCAAUAUUGAUUUUAUGGUACUCAUUCCUAUAUUGUUUAAUGAAAUUUUUCUCCUUUUUAA